UGGAGGUGUAGGAAAAGCAGGGCAUUGCCAAGAUAUGGUUGGUUGUGUUCAAAAUGAUCAUAAAGCAGCUUAAGCAACCUUUCAACUACUUCUCUACAUUCUCACCCUCACCCUCACCCUCAAAAUUUAGUGCCCAAUUUCGCGCACCACUGAAUUUGUCUCUUUUUUCUUCGACUACUCUUCUCUGUGUCUCCAACAAUUCUUCUAAGUCAAGCUCCGUUGCUUCCUUUAAACGCUUUUCCGCUGAAAACGACAACAUCCACGAAGCUUCUUCUCAGAGCUUCUCGGCACUCUCACCAGAUACUCCAUGGGAUAGUGGGAGUGUAUGGAGCACCAUGGCCUUUUAUAUGUUUACUUUACACAUUCCUUUGAGUUUUGGCUGGUUGUCUGUGGUGGCUGAAUUACUGCAAGAACCUAUUCUUGACCCUCAAACUGAGGCCAUAUCACUGCUUCUGGCUCAAACUCUAGAGUUCAUUGCAACUUUGCUUUUACUAAAAUAUACAGCAAAGCCAAAGUAUCAAUUUAUGAAUCUCUUCAAAGCAAAUGAGCUAUCAGGAGAAAGGAACUGGUUGUUCGCAUCCACUAUGGGAUUGACAUUUCUUUUUUCACUGGUUGUACUUACAUCAUUCUUUGUGGACAGAGUCCUUGAGCCCAAGGUCAUAAGCAACCCUAUACUGAAAGAAAUGCUAGUGAGCAGCAAUAUCGCGAGAGCUGCUUGUGCCCUUGUGUACUGCAUCAUCACUCCUCUUCUGGAAGAAACCGUAUAUAGAUGUUUCUUAUUAAGAUCACUUUCAUCAACAAUGAAAUGGCAACAUGCUGUUCUCAUAAGUUCGGCUAUUUUCAGUAUGGCUCACCUUUCUGGUGAGAAUUUCUUACAGUUGCUCAUCAUUGGGUGUGUCCUUGGAUGCUCUUAUUGUUGGACUGGAAAUUUGGGCUCUUCUUUUCUCAUCCACUCCUUUUAUAAUGCUAUGACACUUGUGAUAACUUACUUAUCUUGAGCAUCAAUUACACUUGGUCAUUGAAGAUUUUCUUUUCCUGUGCAUAUUAUCUAGGCAAAAGAAAUGCAUAUAUAUGCAAUAAAUUGCUAUGUAACUCUUAAGAUCUAUCUUAAGAGCAAUCAACCAGUGCAAAAUCUUGACUGAGGAAAAGUUAAAUAUCAUAUGCUCUCAAGUGUACUGUGUAUUUCUAUGUAGAUUCAUCUGCUGUAUAUAUAUAUAAACCAGAUUUGUAACUAUUCAAUAGUAGAUAUUGUUGGCCAAGUUAGAGAAAGCCUACAAUUUUGUCUUCUGUUUGGCAAGUUUUCAUUCAAAUUAAAUCCUAGAGAUGACUUGUUGAAAACUGUUCUAGUGAAGUUACUGUGGCAUGGGGGCAAGUGAUGGACAAAAGAAUGUAAAAUUGUCCAGUUUUUGGAGAGCAAUUGCUUUCUUUAAGUAUAUUGAAAAUCAUUAUGUCUCUGUACCU